AUGGCCAGCAGUCCCAGGAAUAACUCCGUUCAGAAAGCCACACAGGCGGAAUAUUCCCAAGGGAAGAAGUCCCAGCAUACAGAAGAAGCAAACUUCUACCUGAACUGCAGAGCAGCUUAUCUGACUGUUCUGAAAAGCAGCUUGGAAAAUAUCAAAUCCAGAGAACAGCUCAGCCUAGUACUUCAACAGGCUGGAAGAAACCCAUCUCAGAAGACCAUUAAUAAAUAUUGGACUUCACAAACAACUGCACUGAAUUUUGAUGAUUUUUGUGCUAUUUUAAAACAAGAAAAGCCAGUUACAAAAACUGAGCUGCUCGAAGCAUUUGGAAAAAUAGACACAGAUAAAACUGGAUAUAUUUUACAUGAUGAACUCUAUAAAAUCCUUACAACAAGAGGUGAUAAAAUGACUUGGGCUGAAGUGAAUGCAAUUACUAAACAGGCUGAUUUUAACUGCAGUGGCAAACUUGAUUACAGCAAGUUUUGUGAGUUGUACCUGAGCACCAGGGAGCAGAGCUGCAGGACUGCCCGGGAGAGGCUGGAAGUUGACAGUAGGUUGAGGCAGCAGCAGUUUGGGAAUCAAGCUGAAACUUCCUCUGAAGGGAUCCCGCUGCCAGUGCCAAAACCAUCGCCCAGAAUCUCCAAGAAAACUGAUCACAAACUACCAAAAGCUGACAGCAGAGCUCCUUCAAGGCCCUCAUCAGCCCAAAGUGGCAAAGCUUCCACUUGUCCCGCUGUCAGUGUGGGUUCCAGCAGCAACAGGAGCACAAAGCUAAUUGAGCCCGACACAAUGAAGGAAUGGCAGUGUGCACAAUCCAAAGGCUGCUUCUACUUGGAAGAAGAUGGUGAAAUCAUCAGUCACAAGUACAGGGUGCACUUCCCUCAGAGGUCCUCAGUUUGUGUCACCAUCAAGCCUUUAAAUGUUCCCCAGGUAGAAGGAAGAUCUUGUCACUGGUUGUCAGUGGAUACAGCUUUAUUUAUUCUGAAGGAGAAUGAAACCCAAGAGAAUCUACAGCUUGUGAGCUUUACUGAAGUACAAAACAAAGAGAUGUUUGGCUGGAAAGGGGAGCUUGGAUCUGGGAAUUACUGGCUGCUCCCGUUCACAACAGGCUGCAGGCUGAGGAAGGGGAGAACACAAGUUACUGAAGAAGCAAAAUUGGUGUAUAGGGAUGAAGAUGGAGAGCUGGCUCUCACCAAAGACUUCAGAGCUGCUUUAUUGGAUAUAUUUGAAACAAUAGAUUUGGAUGGGAAUGGCCUCCUGAGUCUGGAGGAAUACAACUUCUUUGAGCUGAGAACUAGUGGAGAGAAGUGUGAUGAGGAAGCAUGGGCUGUGUGUAAAGAGAAUUUUGAGAUGAAGAAGAAUGAACUCACGAGACAAGGAUUCCUGGAUUUGAAUCUCAUGGAAGCCAUGGACCGGGAAGGGGAUCCCAGUGACCUCUGGGUCACUCUGUUGUCCCUGGGCUACAACAAGGCCUUAGAAAUGACAGAGGCCUGUCCCUUUGUCAUUGACAUCUAUUCAGAGAGAUGCAAACCCCGAAUUAAAGCCAUGUAUCUGGAGGCAGGGGGCUCCCAGCUCAGCAGGGCUGUUUGCAGGGCCGUGGUGAAUAAAGGAGAGCCCAAAGUGCUGGAUGGCUCUGAGAACACUGUGGUCCACACCUACAAAUCAGGCAGGAGAAUCACUUCUGUUAUUGAAAAUAAGUCUGAAAACAAAGUGAUUAUUCAUGUCAACAAUGAGCAGAGUAAGAACUGCCUAAAUAACAGGGGUCUUACAGUUUUUGCUGUAGAAGUGGCACCAAAAUCCAUGAUGGUCUGUCAGCACGUGGUGCCCCUGAACGAGCAGGAGGAGUGGAUUUAUAACUGUGUGCACUCCCUUGUACGUUAAACCUUCUGGUUACAGAGUUGGGAGCAUUCACACCAAACCAGGAGUGGUUUUUGGCAGCUUCCAGACAAUUUAUAAUCUUGUCCUUCUCAAAAAGCUGCCAUACAUUUGCGCUCUGCAGAGUUUGAUUUGUUAAAGCCAAUGAAUCACAUAUUUCUGAUAUCACUUAUUUCUGCUAAAGGCUGUGAAGAAACACGUACAGUGAUAGAUUAGGAGGGAAUAAGUGUAAGUAUGUAAAAUCCUUGACAGAAUAAAUUAUUGGUAUGAAAACACUGAGGCACAAUAAAAAUUAGUGCUGUUCAGUAGAAAUACAACUGACAGCUAUAAUAUAAUAGUGUUUAUAAAGGCUGGUUUCCCUAAAUAUGCUCUAGUUUUCUAUAACAUAUACUGUAGUUCCAUCACAGGCUGGAACUGCUUCACUGAGGAAAAACUUACUUUGGUGAAUGACUCUGGUGGGUUCCUAAUUAAACACUGAUGUGGUUUUGGUGUGAGAAGGAUAAAGGAAUGAGGCUCAAGAUUUUAUUUUGCCUCUUUCUCCUUUUUUCCCCUCAUUGAUAAUACUCAUCUUGCACUUUUUCUGUAAUGACUGCCUAAUUUUAUACUCUUUUAUGUAAAAUAAAAUCUGCCUUUUUGUAUGUAGUAAAGAAAUAUUACCAUUUGAGAAAAAUGAA